UGACUUUGCCUAGAACCCAAAAGAAGAGAAGAGAGAAGAGAGAGAGACUUUGAAGAUGGACGCGAACUCUAACUCUGCCGUGCCCCUCUGUACUCCUUACAAACUGGGGAGAUUCGGACUCUCUCAUAGAAUAGUUUUUCCGGCACUAACGAGGAACAGGUCAUACAAUAAUACCCCACAGCCACAUGUAACUGAAUAUUAUUCGCAAAGAGCUACUAAUGGAGGUCUUCUCAUUUCUGAAGCUGCUGCUGCAUCCGAUAUUUCUAAAGAGUGCCCAAAUUUGCCUGGAAUAUGGAGUGAGGAGCAAGUGGAAGCAUGGAAACCAGUAGUGAAGGGUGUUCAUGACAAAGGAGGCGUCUUCUUUUGUCAAAUUUGGCAUGCAGGCCGCUUGUCUGUCCCUACUAUUAGUGCUUUAUUUUUCUCGAUUGGCGUUGGCUGGUCCACAAGACCUGAUGAUCAAGUUUAUGAGAAACCUACACCUCUUCCUCUGAAAUCUGAAGAAAUCCCUUUCAUUGUUCAUGAUUUCAGGAUUGCAGCCCGUAACGCGAUUAAAGCUGGAUUUGAUGGAAUUGAGAUCAACGCUUCAAAUGGCGGCUACCUGAUUGACGAAUUCAAUGAUAAGACUGAUGAAUAUGGUGGAAGUAUCGAGGAUCGUUGUCACCUUGCCCUGGAAGUAGUAGAAGCAGUUGCAGAUGAAAUUGGAGCUGAUAAAGUUGGUAUAAAACUGUCUCCUUUUGAUGGCAAAAAGAACUCAAAUUCAGAAGCACUAGCAACUUACAUGGCGAAUGCACUAAGCAAACUUGAUGUUCUCUAUCUUCAUGUGAUGGAGCCAAGAGAAACAGCUAAUAAAAGUCUUCUUCCCAUUAGGAAGGCUUUUGAGGGGACACUUAUUGCUUCUGGUGGUUAUGGUAAAUCUGAUGGGGACAAAGCCAUAGAUGAGAAUUAUGCAGAUUUGAUCUCAUUUGGACGUAUGUUCUUGGCUAAUCCAGAUUUACCUAAGCGUUUUGAGGUUAAUGCUCCACUUAACAAGUACAAUAGAAGCACUUUCUACACUACUGAUCCAGUUAUUGGCUACAGUGACUACCCAUCUCUUGAAGUUGCUUCCUAAUUAUUCACAUGCAUAUUGGUUACUGAAAAAGGAUCACGGAGUUGUGUCUACUACUUGAUUAACGCAUUAUGUAAUUAAAAAAUAAGUUCUCAUGGUUAUGGAAAUUGAUCAUGUUGGUGUUGUGUCUAUCUUAUUGAUAUAAGCAUUGUGUUGUAUAAUAAAUAUAUUCACAUGGUUAUGGAAAGAAUCAUGUGUAGUUGUGUGUACCUUGAUGAAAAUACAGUAUGGUCUGCUUGUGUUGAAAUUGAGGUUGUAUUUGUAUGUUUGACUUUAAAGAGUUCAAUAAAUCCUUUC